GCGAGGGGGAGGUGUCACGGGGAGUGUAUAAAGGAACUUGGGAAUGCAGGACAGCCCCAACCUCAACCUGAAGUCCUCUUUGCAGAAACAUCACACUCCAAGAUCUCAGCAGAAGAAGCAGAAGUCAUGAAGUUCUCGUCUCUCUUCUUUUUCCUGCUCCUCCUAACCGGCACGUAUCUCAGUCUGGCGCAAGGGUCUUAUGGGAACUGUUGCCUGGGUUACGUGACUAAAAUGAAGAAGAACGUGAAGAAGAACGUGGUGGGGUACAGGAAACAGGAAACAGACGGGGACUGCAACCUCAGAGCCGUAGUGUUCACCACCACCAAAGACAAAACCAUCUGUGCCAAUCCCACCCUGCCCUGGGUGCAGCAUCUGAUGCACAAGAUCGACAACUCAGCCAACUAGCCUUUUCCUGGGGGAGGAGAGGACCGAGGAGGAGACGCUGCCCUGAACGGUCCUGGGGGUGAAACCUGAACAUGCUCUCACAGACAGACUGUGAAAGUAAAUAGUUUACUCUCCAGGAAUGUUAUAUUAAGCUGCAAAACGCAUACCUGUACUUGUAUAACACGCUAAAGUCUAUGCAAACAGUAUGAAGUUUGUGCCCCAUUAUUACGUUGUGCAAACUGUGAUGGGGCAGUCCAGGGAUGCUUCGAGAUGGGAUGAGCUGUACAUUGUGUAUAUUACUGUCUAACGCUUCACUAGGGUACACACAACCAUGUCAGCACCUGCUAGGAAUGAGCCACUACCCAGCAGCUUUGCAUUGUCUCUAUACUGUGUGUGUCUGUGUCUGUGUCUGUGUGUGUGUGUGUGUGUGUGUGUGUGUGUGUGUGUGUGUGUGUGUGUGUGUGUGUGUGUGAGUGUUUGUGAAAGAGAAAUAUAGGUAGACCUGGGAUUUUCUUUUCAAUUCUUUUAAAAACUCAAAUUAUAUAUAAAUCUUUUUUUUUUCUCAAUAUAUGUCACCAUGUUUAAAAAGUAUAUUUUGUACAGUGUACUCUAACUUCAAUUAAAAGAUACAACUCGGACAGUUA